AUGCCGUUGGUUUUUAUUUCAAAUUUGUGAAUAGCAAUGCCGUGUUCAAAGCGCGAAAUUCAAAAUAGCUGUCUGAGAGUGAAAAAGAUAACUAUAUUUUGGAGAGUCAGAGAAAAUUUUGGAUUUAUACUUUGAACACAGCAUAACAUAAGAUUUUCAUUAAAAAACUUUUAAGCUUCAAAAAUUAUUUUUUUUCCACUUUCGUUUUAUUAUGGAACUUUUAAGUAAUAUUACUUUUUCACUCUUUCUUGAAAAUAAUUCAGGCUUUUGAAAAUUUUUAAUUGGUAGUUUGCGCUUUCACAAAAAUUUCUUUUUUUUAGUUGCCACUAUAGGGUUUUGACGUUUUAGUGGCCACUGUAGUAGUCAAUUUAGUGGCCACUUAAGGGGUUGAAAAUUAACGAUCACUAUAGAGGUCUCAGUGCGAUGGUACGACAAAACCUCAAGUCCGCAAAUCUCGAGGACCGUAAUCUUGUGUACGCAGAUCUAAAGUCCCAUAAUCUUGGAGAACAAAAUCUUGGAGACCAAAAUCUUGGAAACCACAAUCUUGGAAAGUAAAAAUCAACGCUUUUGCGAAAAGAUUUCAUCAGAAAUUGUAUUCGGUGAUCCAAACAAGAGAAUAUAAGUAGAUAAAGUGCAAUAAAGAAGACUAAAAAGGAAGAUUUUUGCUUUCCAAGAUUGUGGUUUCCAAGAUUGUGGUUUCCAAGAUUUUGGUCUCCAAGAUUAUGGGACUUUAGAUCUGCGUACACAAGAUUACGGUCCUCGAGAUUUGCGGACUUGAGAUUUUGUCGUACCAUCCUCAGUGCUACUACUAGACGACUAAAAAUUUUAGUGGCCACUUUAGGAAUCAAUGGAUCAACACAACUCGUCCAAUCUGUUUGUUUUAAAAUUAUCAGAGUUACUGGAAGAAAUGCUGGAUGAAAAACUACUGAAGUAGCCACUAAAUAUAGAACCUCUAUAGUGGCCACAAAAACGGAAAAUAGUGGACACUAUAGAGGUGGGUUUAGUGACCACUUUAGAGUCCUUUGGCAGGAUUUUCAAACGGUGUUCAUGGCGUUUUCUCACGGAAAUUUUCUUUUCAGCCACCAAAAACCCGCCAAAAUGGAACCCCUGCCACCACUCAGAGAGGAGCCGACCGCCACCGGCGUGAAGGCCGACGGAGGCCAACCCAUCGUCGGCGACCAACUCGCCCAGCACAACAUCAGCGCCACCUACGCCGCCAAGGACAUGAUCGCCUCGGCUGCACAGAGCGUGAGUUUCAAUUAAUUAGCGUAAACAUUCACUAGAUCUUAACAAAUUUGUAUUUUACGAAAAUUAUAAAAGCGGGUGCAGUGAGAAAAAAUAUUUUUUGAACAUUUUUGAUCUAUUUUUUUAGAUUAGAUAGAUCAGCCGGAGAAGUACACAGUUUUUUUUUUCUAGGCUAAGUUUAUAUUUAUCGAUUGGUAAGAUGAUUUUGGGGCUUUUUCAGCAAGUACCAUGUUGGGUUACUGUAUCUUAUACUUUCGCGAAGUUUUAAGUUUUCCUUGACCGAAAUAUAUAGCAAUCGAUUUUUAAUACAUUUUUUUAAGAAUCUUUUUAAAGAGUACCAACAAGUUACUGUAGAAAUGUUUUGAGAUACGGUGCUUUUUGUGCUUGCGGAGCAAGUUUUUGGCCACCCCUAGGUUUUUCGCGUUGAAGUUUCUUAAAGAUUUAUUGACCGAAGGUUUUUUGAGACUUCGAAAGAAGGCCUCUUAUUUAAAAGGAGGUCUCUGAGACUUGAAAAAAUGUUUUCGAGACUUGAAAAGACUUUUGAAAAAAUAGGAGGCUUUUUGAGACUUGAAAAAGACUUUUAAGACUCAAAAAAAGGCUUUUGAGACCCGGAUACAUGUUCAACAACGCCUAAUUUCAGAUCGACUCCGGCACGAACCGAAUCAUCGAGACGUGCGGCAACGCCGUCGACGCGAUGAAGGAAAAGAUGCACGACGCGAAAACUGCCGUCUUCGGCCAGUAA